AUGCACCAGUGUUAUUUAGUACAAGCCCUUUGCCAACUGCCAGCUUGUUACUUGGUACACAAGCGAUUUCGUUUUAAAUGGUCGAAGCAGAGUCAUCCUUACUUGAAACUUCUGGAAAAGAGUGAGUGUGUGGUGCUGCCACUGUUGGUGAUGACUGUCCCUGCUUGUCCUCUUCUGUCUGUCAUUAGGGAGAAGCUGAGGUCCCAUUACAGCCUCAGUUACCACGGAGACAACAGUGAUGAACAGCCACACAGCUUUUACCAUCUUCCCUGCUAGGGCAGUGACUCCACAUGGAAGGGAAACGGGCCCAGCCCUCUGCCUGUGUAUGAGAAUCCGGAACCCCUAGCUGGGCCUUGGGCCACUCCAGAGGAAACCCCAGCCCCAGCUGGAAAUGAAGAGGAAGAACUUCUAGCGGACCCAGACCUUCAUUUGAAUAUUGAAGAAUCAAACAAGGAGUUCAUGGCAGAAAGCGAAGAACUGUAUGACUCCCUCAUGAGCUGUCACUGGCAGCCUCUGGACACCAUCCUGUCUAACAUCCCCCAAUGUGAAACAAGUGUUCACCAUGCCCUCCAGCUGACCUGUUAAUUGUAUCUUGCUUUGAUUUGGAAGGAAAAAAAAUCCAGAAAUUUAUCAGAUUGUGAAUAUAUUAUUAACUUCUUUCCUAGUUCUGGGAUUAUGCGCAGAGUCAUAUGGGUGUUAGGAAAACACUCUACCACUGAGUUAUGCCCCCGCCCUCAGAAACUGUAUGGAAAUAUCAAUGUCUGGGACUUCAGUGAGACUGACAGGAUGGAAUAUGAUAUAAAUAAAGAUUA